GGCGCUUCUCCCGUCUGGGGCGACGAAGUGGUUUUCGAUGUCUCCGUGGCGGAGUUCGGCGCGCAUCCCUUGGUCUUAUGGGAGCAGACUUCGUGCCGGCACGUGCUGGGAGCUGGCCACCUGCCGGAAGCCUUCUGCGUCAUGCUGAGCUCCAUGCGCCCUAAGGAGAAGGCAGCCUUCCUCCUGGACCUCCGCGCCUUGAGCGCUUCGCCGGCCUGGCUCUUCGCGGGCGAGUUCGAGCGUGUGGAUGUGGAGAGGGUCCGGGUUGAGGUGGUCCUCAGGGAGAUUCUGCCCAGUGAGGCCUUGGACCUUUGCCAGCAGACCUUCGGCUGCGAAGCCUCCGCCGUGCGCGUCACGCUGCGGCGGCCCGCGAACCAGCCGCUGAAUUGCGGCGCCUGUGCGCCCGCCGAGGUGGAGCUGGAGCUGGAGCUGGCCGAUUCCCGCGCGCGCCGGCUGAGCCAACGGAGAAUGCGCUGCAAACAAGGCUGCCUGCCAGACGCUGUGGAGCUGGCGCUGCCCUGGCUGGGUGUGGGUCAGCGCUGCGAGCUGAGCGGGCGCUUGGACCUGGAGCGCCUGGCCGCGCCCGAAGAGGCAGCGUGCCUCCGCGUGUUGCUACUGGCAAGAGGCGAGCCGGUGCCAUUGGAAGAGGUGGAGCAGCAAGCCAAGGUGCUGUUCAAGGCCAAGCGCUUUCUGCCUGCGUUGCUGCUGCUGACGGCCGCAGACCAUCCACAUGCUUCGCAGGCCUGGCUGCGGCGCCGCUGCCACUGCGAGCUGCGCCUGGGGCUGGCGGCCGCGGCCGCGAGCAGCGCGCGCCUCGUGGCGCGGCGGCCCAGCGCACAGCACCUGCUGCUGCGGGCCCGCGCGCGGCUCAGCCAGGAGCCAGCGGAAGCUGUGAAGGACAUUGAGCGGGCAGCCCAAGUGGAUGCGACAUGUCGGCAUCAGAAGCUGCUUUCGCGUGCACAGUGGCAGCUGAAGCGACAGCAGAGGGCUCGUCGCUGGUUCGACGGCAACGAGGCGUUCGAGCGCUCCCGCGAGGCAAACAGCAGCCAGCGCUGCUUCCAGUGCCAACGCCUCCGGGCAGGACACAUGGGCAGCGGCAAGAUGGAGGGGCGGUACCUUUGCACUGAGUGCUGGGAAUGCUGGUCCAAGAUUCGGCGAUGCCAGCAGGCAGAGCUGGAACGCCGCAUCGAGAAGGCGACAUACUCGGACUACAGCACGGGCACAGAGGAGCUUCCAUCCCUAGAUGAUGUUCCUCAGGAUUGGGACAGCCGCCAUCCAAUGUGGAACAGAGAGAACCUUGAGCGUCCUGAUUGGCAGCUCCGGACUUCGAAAGCGCGGACGAAAGCUCAUCGCGCUUACGCCGCCUGGCCUUGCGCGGACUGAGCUCCGCAAUUCUGCCGGAGCCUUGGAAGCUGGGAAUCGGCGGGAAGAUCCGCUGCCGCCUUUUGCCACUUCUUGAUGCAAGGGGCCAAUCUGCAGAGCUGCACCCCGAGAAUGACGAGUGUCAGAGGCCAGGCAAAGCUGAGCUUGGCGCAGAGAUCGGGUGCCAAGCACUUUCGGAAUCCGCGAUGCAUCGCAGAGUCGUAAGACAAGGAGCUCAAGCCAUCCCGCUGGACAUGCCGAAGUGGAGGGUGUUGACUUUGAAGCCAACACCCGCAUGCCCAGCAGGAUAGUGCUCAGAGGAAUGCCCUUUUGAGUUUCUCACCGCUGGUGUGAAAGCUCCGCCUGUGGCGGUCCAGCAAGUCCCGUCUCCCUGGUCCGCGCAGCAAAAGUGGCCAG